GCUGAGCUAUCAACUCUUCAAGAUAAAUAGAGUUGAAGUUCACCAAAUUAAGCACCACACACAAAAAAAAAAUGGCAGAAAUUAGAGACCAAAAAUUGCCUCAUGCCUUAGUAAUUCCAAACCCUUUUCAAGGCCAUAUAAACCCAACAAUUCAUCUAGCUUUAAAACUUGCUUCGAAAGGUUUCAUCAUCACUUUCGUCAACACUCAAUUCAUUCACUCUCAAAUAACAAAAGCCCAAUUAACAUCAUCAGAGCCCAAUAAUGAUGAUAUUUUCUCCAAAGCCCGUGAAUCUGGGCUUGACAUACGUUAUUUAACUAUUUCUGAUGGUUUUCCAUUAGAUUUUGAUCGAAGCAUAAAUUCAUUGCAAUUUUGGGAAGGUUUUGCAAAUAAUUUUUCAGGUAAUGUUGAUGAACUUGUUGGGAAAUCAGUGAAGGAUAAUUGUGUUGAUCCAAUCAAUUGUUUUGUUGCUGAUACUUUCUUUUCUUGGCCAUCAAUUAUUGCCAAGAAAUAUGGGAUUGUUCAUGUCUCUUUCUUCUCUGAACCAGCUUUGGUGUUUGCCUUGUAUUAUCACAUGGAUUUGCUUAAACAAAAUGGCCAUAUCGGCUCUGACGAAAAUCGCAAAGACCCUGUUGAUUAUAUUCCUGGAGUUAAGUCUAUUGAAGCAAGUGACUUGCCCUUCUUGGUCCAGAAUCCAAUGGUGGACCAAAGUAUCUACAAUGCAUUUCAAGAUGUUAGGAAAGCAGAUAUCAUAAUUGCUAACACAAUUGAAGAACUUGAAUUGGAAACUGUCACAACAAUUCAAGAAAAUCUCAAUUUCUACUCAAUCGGUCCAAUUGUGUCCGCGAAUUUCACUGAAUUGACUAUCCCGAGUAGCCUAUGGUCUGAGAUUGAUUGCACCCAAUGGCUCGAUACCAAGCCCCGUGGUUCGGUCUUGUACAUCUCAUUUGGGAGUAUAGCCAUUGUUAAUAAAGAAGAUAUUCUUGAACUAGCUCAUGGCCUUAUGCUUAGUGAAGUUAAUUUCAUUUGGAUACUUAAGUUAAGUCAAGAUGAAAAAAGUAUUUUGCCCCUUGAGUAUGAAGAGAAGGUGAAGGAUCGAGGAUUGAUCGUGCCAUGGUGCAAUCAAAUGAGAGUGAUUUCACAUUCAGCAAUCAGAGGUUUCUUGAGUCAUUGUGGAUGGAAUUCUGUAGUGGAAAGCAUUUGGUGCGGGGUGCCAUUAAUUUGUUAUCCUCUGGUCACCGAUCAACUUGCUAACCGAAAAUUAGUGGUUUAUGAUUGGAAAGUUGGAAUCAAUCUUCGUGAUGGGGAGUCGAUCAAGAGGGAGGAAGUACAUGACAAGAUUAAAUAUUUGAUGAACAGAGAGACUUCGAGCAAUUUAAGGAAGAAUAUUGCGCAGGUGAAAGAGACAUUUCAUAACGCAUUGGCGAUGAAUGGAUCAUCAAAUGUUAAUUUUAACAAGUUAGUUGAAGAACUGAAGAUGAGGAUGAAGAUUAGUUUAGCUUGAGAGACGUUUUUUAAAAAGAGGCAUUUAAGGAAGAAAAUUUUCUUUCU